AAACAAAUAUAACCAGGAAAGCUGUUGGCGCACGGAAGAGGGAAAAGGGGUUCCUUGACAUGUGGUAUGAAAUCAAAAGUCCUCAGCAGUAGUCAUGUUUUCUCUUGCCUGUCAUCGUGGCACAACGUGCAAAAUUCGCUCGCUGAUUAUCUCGCUUCCUCUUCCUCAUCCGAGCAGGUGCGUCGCGCACUGUACCGCACUUUGGAUGAAGUAUUUUCCGCUAAUGUUGUUCCAGAGUUGAACGCGCAAAUACCCUCUGGGAAGUUCAAGAAUAUCGACGACUGCGUGGCGAAUCUCGUUGUGAAAUACUACGGCAACACACGGAACGUAAUCACGAAGAUUGGGCCAGAGGAAGAAAAUGAAACACUGCAGGAAAGCGCAUCCGACCGCAUGGUAGAGCGGACAGCAAAACUUAGGAAUCUUGCUGUGGAAGCCGCAUCGAUUGCAAGCGGCAAAACGCAAGGGACGAGCGCUACGGAGAAGGCCGCGUUGAUUCUGAAGAGGCUCGAGUUGUUGCUUCAAAAGGGAAUGAAAAUCGACGACAUUAUUUCUGGAAAAUCGAGGCGUGAACGCAAACUCGCCUUUUCAAUAUGAAGCAAGCGAAAGCUGGAAUACAUGUGAUGAUUUGCUGUGUUUCCGGACAUGAAAUAAAUGUCAACUUCUUUCGGAUUCUCAAGUACUAGAAAAUACUGGUCCUUCAUGUUAAACUCGAACAUCACCACAGUGGUAAUAUCUGCAUAUGCACUACCAAGUCGUCAUCAAUGAUGAUCCAUAUCAGAGAUCAGUGACGGAAGCCUUCGCCAAACUCAAGUUCAACAGUCGUCGAGAAGCGCAGAUUGAGGAGAAGAUCCAAGAGAUACUGUAGAGUACACUAUUUAUAAUGACAACCAAUAUUAUGCUUUUUAUGCUUAUGCUUAUGCACAAACAAUGAGCCGAAGCUCUACCUCGUGAGUCGAACGUCAAGGAACAACAAUUCUGAUUGAACUCUUCGCGAAUCCAAGAAUGGAUUGGCUCCCGAU